UGGAUCUGAGGCAGCCUGAUUCCGGUCUCUUCAGCAUCCAUCACCGGGUUUUAUCCAAGCUGUGCUUGUGAUACUGUCUGUCUUCUUGUACUUGUUUGCCUACAAAGAGUACCUCGCCUGCCUUGUGCUGGCCAUGGCCCUGGGCUGGGCGAACAUGCUCUACUACACAAGGGGGUUCCAGUCCAUGGGCAUGUACAGCGUCAUGAUCCAGAAGGUCAUUUUGCAUGAUGUUUUGAAGUUCUUGUUCGUAUAUAUCGUUUUUUUGCUUGGAUUUGGAGUAGCCCUGGCCUCACUGAUCGAGAAGUGUCCCAAAGACAAUAAGGACUGCAGCUCCUAUGGCAGCUUCAGCGACGCGGUGCUGGAACUCUUCAAGCUCACCAUCGGCCUGGGUGACCUGAACAUCCAGCAGAACUCCAAGUAUCCCAUUCUCUUUCUGUUCCUGCUCAUCACCUACGUCAUCCUCACCUUCGUUCUGCUCCUCAACAUGCUCAUUGCCCUGAUGGGCGAGACUGUGGAGAACGUCUCCAAGGAGAGUGAGCGUAUCUGGCGCCUGCAGAGAGCCAGGACCAUCUUGGAGUUUGAGAAAAUGUUACCAGAAUGGCUGAGGAGCAGAUUCCGGAUGGGAGAGCUGUGCAGAGUGGCUGAGGAGGAUUUCCGACUGUGUUUGCGGAUCAAUGAGGUGAAGUGGACUGAAUGGAAGACGCACGUCUCCUUCCUUAACGAAGACCCGGGGCCUGUAAGACGAACAGAUUUCAACAAAAUCCAAGAUUCUUCCAGGAACAACAGCAAAACCACUCUCAAUGCAUUUGAAGAAAUAGAGGAUUUCCCGGAAACGUCGGUGUAGAAGCGGAUCCGGAGCUGGUGUGCGCGUGCGCUGUCUGGCGCUGCAGGCGGAGUCACGGCCUCUGCGGAGAGGCUUUGAGGGAUGGUGGAGUUCGGCUCUGCUGGUCUCGAAGCAGAGUGCACCCUCAUGCUCAGUGUUCAGUGGGUGUCUGAACUGAGGGGUAGUUGUCAGUUUGUCUGAGUGGGAAACAUCCUGGAUUUUGUUACUUGGCAAAGAGUUGGUGUAAACCUACAGCCAGCAGCAGUCUGGAGCCUGGGAGCCUCCUGAAGUCCUGGGUGAAGCCUCUGGUUUUACCAAUUGCAGGUCGGCUUGGCUGGGAGAGAUGGGUGGCGGGGAAGGGGCAGGAGCCUUGAGGAGCAGGGAGAGGCGUCUUUCCUCCUGCCAGCUCCAACCCCAGCCCACACAUUGUACCGUCUCUCCUGCUGUGACUGGGUUGCCUGAAUUUGGGGAGAC